AGGCACUGCUAAAAACGCUCACAAACGUAUCUACAUCUGUCAGUCCAACUGCAACCUUCAUGAUGGCAACCGACGCGGAGAAUCCAAGGGAGAGCGAGAAUUUACUCGAACGUAAACGUGUAGAUGAAAUGAACGACAGCGAAUUGUCUGACUAUUUGAUGGACAAAGGCGGCAUCUCACGGACAGAAGUGGAAGCAAUACAAAACAAGCAUCAUUUGAACGGAGAGGCGUUCAUCGAUUUGUCGGAAGAAGAAGUUGCCGAGCUGACCGAAUCGAUUGGAUUGAGACACAAACUGUUGGCACAAAUUACCGAUGCAAGAGAGAAAGAGAUUGAUUACCUCAAAAACAGAACAAAAAAACACGACAAAUCAACAGACGAAACACUAAAGACUAAAAUGACUAGCUUACAAAGCCUCGUCAAUGCCACAGCAUUUCCUCAAAAUUUGGCUCUUCUAAUGGCCACUAUCAGUGACGGAGAUACCAAACAAUUUUAUGUUAUCACUCUCUGUUUACUACUGAUUGCCAUAAGCCUGCAAGCAGUACUAGCAGUAAUGACUGUAUUGCUACCAAGCACAUCAUCAUCGAAUACAAGUCCGAGAAAUACAAAGCAAAAAAUUGCUCUGCUAUCUCAGCGGUUUGUCAUCGUGCUUCUGAUCAUGGUCAACUUUGUUGCCGAUGCAUUCUUUAUCGCACAAAGAAGGACUACACCUGAGAGUUCUGCAACCAGCAAUGGUAGUACUAGUAUGACAUAGUAAGAGUCCAUAGACUCAGACAGUUAUAUUGUAUAGUGAAGACACAGGAGCACAGAUUGUUUUACUACAAAUGACAUUUCAUUAGCUGCAUGGCCACAAGCACAUCAUCAUCAACUAGUAAAUUUAGAUUUUGAAUUUUUUGUUGAGAACUUGUUUUGUGAUAUUAAUUAGAGAGUUUUGUGACUAUGAAAUACAGUGAACCUAGCAGCUGUCCAA